AUGACGGGCCAAGGCCAAGGCGAGGCGCUUAAAGAUGGGUGCCCCGCAGAAGACCCCCGAGAUGAGGAGAUGAGAGAGGAAAUACCAGAUCAGACUGACAAACCCGAGUCUGGCAACGAUGAGUCCAGUUCUUCACCAGGGUCGAGUAGAGUCUUAUCCCAGACUGGUUCCUCCACAUCUCCAAACGAUGGACACGUUCAAAACACCAAGAGAAUGUCUCCGUGUAAAGAGGAGGAGGAGUGCUAUGGGUCCAGGCUGAGCUCCUCUAAUGUGGUCGAGAGUGACUCUGAGGCGUUCAAGCGGCUCAUAGAAGUGCAAAACAAACAGGAAAGGCCAAAAGAAUACAAGACGUUGAGUGACGCACAGGAACGACACACACAGGAGUUCCCAUCUGCACCAAGCUGUAGCAGCACUGCCUUCAGUUCUACACCAGGGACUAGUGGAGUCUUAUCCUGCCCUGGGACAAGUGGUACCAAGAGAAGGUCUUCAUGCAGCGAGCAGGAGGACGAGGAGCAGAGCAGUUCACCGAAGAAGACCAAGGCAGAUGAUGCUCCAAAGAAAAGGAAAUUCAAGUUGAAACAUGACCUGGCACUUUGGAAAAAAGUCUGGCUGAAAAAGACAGCUAGGUCCAGGGUCAGCUCAUCCGAUGUGGAGAGGAGUUGCUCUGAAGGAGGACAGGAAAACAAGUGUGACAGUGACAGCAGUUUGUCCAUAAAAGAGCAAAUGGAGCAGGAAACCCAAGCAGACUCCACCCCGAGCGGCGCAGACAGGGUGGCUCUCAAGUUCAUCAGUAAGAAUAAGGUGAAGUACACAGAUGUGGUUAUUUUCCGUCAGUUGGUGGAUCAAGCUAACGAGCUGGAGUCUAAAGGCAUCUUUCACCUUGACAUCAAGCCCGACAAUGUGCUGUUGGAGACGGGCUUCAACCUCCCCAGAGCCAGUUUCGUAGACUUUAUCAGUGCCGUCCUUUUCACACCUGGACAAGAGUUUAAUAAUCCACAAGGCACUCCAAUUUACUUCUCUCCGGAGUGGUUCCGUGAACACAGCUACACAGCAGGACCCACCAUGGUGUGGCAAUUGGGCAUGGAGUCCAUCGGGUCAAUGAGAAGUGUUCCUAUUCCACAAUGUAUUCCACGAGGAUGCAGAGACCUGCUGAGUGGCUGCUUGAAGAAGGACCCUGAAGAGCGCCUGACCCUGCAGAGCAUCAAAGACCACCCGUGGUUAAAGUCUGCAUAA